AUGAGUAGUCUAGUGAAACAUAUCAAAAAGAUUGAUUUUUUUGGUGCUCCUUUAGUGUAACAUAUCGAUAAGGAAUAGUCCAUUUAUAAAAGUAUAUUAGGAGGAAUUAUUACAUUUUUAAUUUGUUCUGUAAGCCUAUUUUACACAGUUUGGGUCAUAUAUUUAUGGCAUACAAAUCAAUUUAGCCCUAAAAUAUCAAGUUCAGUAUAUGUAUCAAACUUUUCAUUGUUGGACUUUAACUACGACUUAAUCAAACUAUGUUUUUAUAAAUAUGAUGAGAAUAUGAUAGACCCAUUUGAAACUAAAGUUCUUCUGCCAUUAAUCACUUAUACUGAAAAUUAUACAUACACUGAAACUAAACUGUUAAGUUUAUCGAAUGAAACCUCUUAUUAUGGAAAUAAAUUUAUAAUUCCUUAAAUAAGAUUAGGAUUCACCAAUUUCAAUAAUAUUUUAAUUACAACAUCUGAAACGUACAUCUAAAUCGUAAGAUGUACACCAGAGCUCUUAGUAGAAGGAGAACAAUGUGCAUCUGAAGAAAUCAGCAAUAAGUUUUUUAGUUAAGCUUAGAACAUAAUCAUAAUGUAGAUCAAAUACAAACAAAUAAAUUCAUAAGAUGGUUCAAUAGAAUCAAGUAUUUAAGAAUUCUUUGUGUCAAUAGAAUAACUGAAUUGUUAUACUUUAAAUACAUUUCUUCAAAGUAGCUUUUAUGAAGUAAAAGAUUCAAUUCUUUUUGGAUCACCUAAGCAAUUAGAGUAUGUAAAUGGAGCUUUGAUCUAACCAUAAACUAAUACAAUAUAAUAUUGUAAAUAAGCUUUUGGUGUUGAAACUUAUGCUUCUCUUUAUGUGGUUAUGAAAGGAAACCAGAUUAAAACCAUUCUAGAGUAUCCUAAUGCAGGCGAUUUGUUAGCUAAUAUUGGUUCAAUUGUUUCACUUUUAUUUAUGUUUAGGCACAUUAUUGUUUUCUUUAAUUCUUAUUUUUUGAAUGAAAAAAUAAUCCAUGACAUGAUUACUUAUUAUUAUCCUUAAUUUUCUAAAUUACAAAUUUAAAAAAAUUGGAAGAAUGACAUCAUUAAAGUUACUCUUUAACAUUAAUAACUUGAUUUAAAUGAAUAUAAAAAAUUUUAUAAGGAUAUAAGAUUGAAAAUAGAAACAAAGCUAACCUACGUAAAUAUGCUCUAUGAAAUUUCAAGGAUGUAUAUUUUGAUUCGUUCAAAUAAACCUUAGAGUGAUAUAAAAAAAUGUCAUUCUAUAGGUGUAAAACUUGGGCAUUUAAGAUUAACUACCUUAGCAAUAGACCCUUUAAGUAAAGUUGAACCACACUCAAAAGAAUAAGAAGAUUAAACACUUAAUGAUGAAGAUAUUGGAAUUCUAUCUUUACAAGAAAGAAAAAAAUAAUUUAAAAUAAAUAAUAUAGUUGAUGAAGAAUUGGAGAUGCUGGAUUUUUAUGACAUAAAUAGAAUUUAAUUAUGA